AUGAAAAUCUUGAAACACCCGAAUAUCGUGAAACUACUGGAAGUUAUCAAUACAGAGGAGACUCUGUUUAUAGUAAUGGAAUACCUCAGCGGGGGAAACGUAUUCACCUACUUGGAGGCCCAAGGCUGCCUGACGGAGGGGGAGGCCCGAGGCGCGUUCCGCCAGCUGGUCUCGGCUCUCCAGCACUGCCACCAGCGGGGCGUGGUGCACCGGGACGUGAAGCUGAGCAGCCUUCUCCCCGAUGCCAACAAUAUCAAGAUUUCAGACUUCGGCUUUAGCAAACACUGGCACCCAAGAAAGAAGCUAGACACUUUCUGCGGCAGCCCCCUGUUCACGGCCCCAGAACUCUUCCUGAGGCUGCCUUACACAGGCCCAGAGGUGGAUGUGUGGAGCCUCGGUGUCGUCCAUAGUACACCUCGGCGUACACCAUAG